GAAGAAGUAAUAGGUGUUUCGAUUUAUAGGUCCAAAUUCGAAUACGCAAAACGACAACUCGUAAACCCGAAGAAAAACCAGAGCAGAAGACUGCAAAUCCAAAUUCUCCUACAAAUUCUCCUCAAAUUUCUACUCGAUUCAGCCAUCAUUCUCAAAGCCGUGUGAUCAUUUGCUGAAAACAUCCCAGACUUAGCCAGAUACAACGGUAAGUCCCCAAUUUGCCAGGUGCCAUUGCCAGGUAAAGAACUUUGCUUGAAAUCUAGGGUUUCAUUGCUUUGAGAAAUGAAACCCUAGGCUUGAAUGACAUGUGGGCUGUAAUUAUUAUUUUGAGGUUUGGUGGUGUUUAUUCAUUCUCCGUUAAGAACUUUAGAGUCGAAUAUCAGAAAUGAAAGUGUUUGAUAGCUUGUAUAGUGUUAAAACCCCCAAAUUUAAAGGGGCUUUCAAUGGUCUCUGUGGCAUUAUCCUAUUAUUUUUAUUCUACUACUGGACAUAUUCAAACACAGGAGCUGGCUUUGGUAGUGGCGCGAGCCAUAUUGACAUAAUUCGUAGGCAAUUGAUCGAAGUCGAUACCAAUUCAACAUAUUUAAUCGAUGGGUCAGAUGGUCAAAACAAUAUCAGCGUACAUAAUCCAGUUUGUGGUGGUUUGAUUGAUCAUAUGGGUUAUGCUAAUGAGUGCGAGUACUUGAAAGCGAACCCAGGUUGUUCAUCUGGUGGGUUCUUUGAUUAUAUCAAGUUUCUGUAUUGUGAUUGUGAUGAUUUUAGAGGGUUGGGUUAUCUUUUAUUGGGUAUUUGGCUUGCUGCCUUGUUUUAUUUGUUGGGGAAUACUGCAGCAGACUACUUUUGUUGUUCAUUGGAGAAGUUGUCUAGUCUUUUGAAGUUGCCUCCUACAGUGGCUGGUGUCGCCCUCCUUCCACUUGGGAAUGGAGCACCAGAUGUCUUUGCAAGUAUUGCUGCCUUUGUAGGUAAGGAUGCAGGAGAUGUGGGUCUUAAUAGUGUGUUGGGCGGUGCUGUGUUUGUUACUUGUAUUGUUGUUGGGACUGUUUCACUAUGUGUAGCAGAGAAGGAAGUACGGAUUGAUCGGAGAUGCUUCAUUAGGGAUAUCUGCUUCUUCCUAUUUACACUAUUUUCUUUGUUGAUGAUGUUGAUGAUUGGCAGGGUGAGUGUUGGAGCAGCAAUUGCUUUUGUCUUGAUCUAUGUAGUUUAUGGUAUUUCUGUUGCUGCUGGUGAGAUUGUUAGGAAGCAUGCUCGGAGAUUGAAACUGGAUGUUAUCACACCAUUGAUUCCUGUGCAUGGAACUAUUUAUGAUGACGAUUCAGGUAUGUAUAGUUCUCUGCUAGACAUUGAGACUGACAGCAAUGUACCCCAUCUGCCUCCUUCCCUACCAUCAUGGAUGUGGGCCUCAAAUGUGGCAAUAUAUUCCAACCACCCAACAAUGGGGAGUAUGGCGGAUGAAGAAAGACCUCCUUGGGGCUGGACUGAUGAGGGAAUGGAGAUAAACAACAACUCAUUCUCAUGUUCUAAAUUAUUUUCACUGAUUGAGAUGCCAUUGACAGUGCCAAGACGGUUAACAAUUCCAUUGGUUGAUGAAGGAAUGUGGUCGAAACCCUAUGCUGUAGCCAGUGCCACAUUGGCUCCUGUCCUUGUGGCAUUUCUGUGGAACAGCCAAGAUGGCAUGGGUCCUCAAAGUAGGAUUCUAGUGUAUUUUUUUGGUGUUGUGGUUGGUUGCUUACUUGGUUUUCUUGCAUAUCAGUACACCUUACCCAACCAUCCACCUCAAAGAUUGUUGAUUUUGUGGGUUUUGGGGGGAUUUAUUAUGAGUAUUGUUUGGUUCUACAUGAUAGCUAAUGAGCUUGUUGCUUUAUUGGUGGCAUUUGGCUUGAUCUUUGGGAUAAAUCCAUCAAUUCUUGGGUUGACUGUAUUGGCAUGGGGCAACUCAAUGGGCGAUUUAGUGUCAAACGUUGCCCUGGCAUUGAAUGGUGGUGACAGUGUGCAGAUUGCUUUGUCUGGAUGCUAUGCAGGUCCUAUGUUCAAUACACUUGUUGGCUUGGGGAUCUCAAUGCUGCUAGGAGCCUGGUCACAGAGCACUGGCAUUUACGUGAUUCCUCAAGACAGUAGCUUGUUUUACACUAUGGGUUUUCUCAUAUCAGGACUAAUUUGGGGACUUAUUGUUUUACUUCAAAAUGACAUGCAUCCCACCAAGACAUUAGGUGUGGGACUUAUAACCCUAUAUCUGAUUUUUCUUUCAAUAAGGGUGACUAUUGCCAUGGGAUAUAUAGUAAGUUGACCAAUUUAUUUUGGUUAUCGUUGUAUGGAUCUGUAUAGCUAGUCUUCCCAAACUGUUUUUCUCCUUAUCACGUCUUCAUUUAUAAAAUGGUAAUCUGAACUAUUUUAUAGCA